ACCAUGACCGGAGGGAGGUGAUGGUGAUUUGGAUGGUGGUGAUUCUGUUCACGCAAACACUGGCACCCAUCUCCGCUCAGGAUGACACUCCAACAGGCACAUGCAACACGGCUUUGGGACUCUCUUCUGGUGGGAUACCGGACGACAACAUCAAGUCCACCACCCAAACAGAUGAGGCUCCAUCAUCAGGUGGUCGCCUCCGCAAUGAGGAAGGAGCCUGGUGCUUUAAGAACGAUUCGAUUGCCACUCAGAACGCCCUGCUUACCAUAGAUUUGCAGGAAGAACGGUUUGUGAGUGGUUUCGCUACACAGGGACCUCCAGAAAAAGUACGACCAAUGAGCUAUCAUCACGUGGUGGCGUUUGCAGUAUCUCACAGCAUGGAUGCCAAGGAGUGGUCAGAGCUUAACGGAGGAAUACUGUUCUUCGACACUGAUACGAAGGACGCCAAAGAUGUCAUCACUUAUUUCGGCAUCCAUUCCAUAGUGCUGGCGCGCUAUGUGAAAAUAAAUGUCACCAAGCAAGUAUCGGGAUUGGAAAUUAUCUGUCUGAGAUUCGAAUUGUACGGAUGCAAUACAGAUGUGCAGCCUAUGACGGGUAUGAAAGCCAUCACCACUCCAAAAGGGAAGAUCGAAGUCAGCUGGAACACCCCAACGGCAGACAACACCCUCGAAUUCGACAACCCGUCCGGAGGACAAUUCAAGCCCAGCGGAUACGUGGUCCUCUACAAACCAGUGGGGGCCCAGGCCUUUGAAUCGGUAACAACAGAGGACAUGAAUCUGUCCCUCGAUGACGUCAGAUUGGGAGCCGCUUACGACAUCCACCUGCAGUGCCUCGUGAAGGAUGUGUCCAUUAAAUGUGGAUCCACGGAGGUGGAAGCUUAUCCACCCUGUCCUGCUGCCUGGACGGGAGGCAACGAAUAUCAUUGUUUUCUGUAUCUGAGCGGCGUGACAUCAUUUGACGAAGCCAGGAAGGAGUGUCUCAACAUGGACGUGGAUGAGAAACUAGGUGACUUGAGUUAUCUGAUAGAUGAACAAGAAGGGAAGUUCCUGUCUUCCAGAAUUCUGCCCGACGAUGUGUCCAGCCUAUGGUUGGUGGGAAACGCUUGUAAGGACAAUGAGGACUGUUGCAAGAUUCUUAAUAGAGAAGGAGAAUUUCUUAGAGAAACUGGAUGCGAAGGUGAAGAACUGGAAUCUGCAGUUUGUUUGAGAGACCACAAAGGUGAGGGCUCACGUCUGCGAAUUUCGACAGUAAAGGCCUCCAAUGACGGCAAGGCUGUUUUUGUAACUUGGCGUUAUGAAGGGAUCGGCUGGAAGACCGACAAACUACAAGUGAAACUGUGGACUGACAACAAAGACAACCCCAAAGUCCUGACUUUUUCAACACUGGAACAAGUUUUCAACGUUAAAGAUCUGGAACCGGGAAUUAUGUAUUCCAUAUUACUGAGGCCUGCUCCAAAUAUAAGGACUGAAGAACUAACCUACCAGUUCGUUAUCAUAAGCUUUACAGAAGAUGGAACGUUUGGUGCUCUUCUAACCCCAAUACGGAUGUCAGUCUACGUCAUUUGGUCAGGAACUCUUAGAGUUACUUGGGACGAAGCGCAAGCAUUUUCAGAAUCUGGUGCAACAAAGAAAUCAGAUAAAUAUUCAAUUAGCCACCAGAUGGAGGCACCAGUUGAGAAAAAAGUAGAAAGCAUCAUAGAGUCUGAUCGAGAAUAUCAUCUCACUCCGAUCAGCAUGAAAACGGAAUACACUUUUCGUUUGGGUUGUUCCUUUGCUGAUAAAUUUCAUAAUUGUGGAGUAGCUUCUGUUAGGACAGAUCCUCCAACUCACAUUGACCGAGAUUCGUCCGGCCUCUUGACGAUGCACGAAGUGAUGAAUGAGACCCAUCUGGAUUGGUUCACGGCCGAGGAAGAUUGCCAGCAGAGAUCAGGGCACCUGACCAGUGUUCUGAGCGAAGACGAAGGCAAGACGCUGCUCAAGGUGCUUCCCGCCAGAGAUGCCAAGCUGUGGACAGGCGCCAAAUUGAAAGCGGUGAAUAACGGCACAAGUUAUUGGACUGACGGCAAUAAAAUCACAUACUUGCCCAUGUCCAAAAACUCCGGAGUGUUACCAUCGAAAGAUUCCUGCUGCAGAGCCCUGAACGAAGCAGGGAGACUGAAACUUGCAGGUGGCCCAUGCACUGACGAACUCCCGUAUGCCUGCAAAUACUUGUUUAGAGACAUUAUGGAAAUGCCUUCCUCCUUGUCUACUAUCUCCCAGAAGUGGGACUCAUUCGAAAUCGGUUGGAAGAGUCCCGAGAAAGGCUGGCUGCCGACAUUCUACAAUGUGAAAGUGUGCUCCAAAGAGGCAGCCCCAGAUUGUAGAGACCACAACGAACUCAGAAACCAGCUGAAUUUUGCGGCUGAACAAUUGGCCGAAUUCACUGCCUAUGACAUCACAGUGCAAGCAGUCCUGCAGCCAGUAGAUGUCAUUACUAGUGCCAAAACAACUGUCUAUACUUAUCCCAAAUCCCCAGUGCGGUAUAGCAUAUCGUCCACUGGAGAAUUGUCGGUGGAAACUCCCAUGCUGGUAGCCAUGGGCAUGGAAAGUGCAAGUGUCUCGGCCACCCUCUACAGAGACGAUAAAGAGGCCAUGUCAGCCACAGGGGAUGUCAAGAAAAUCGUCCUCGAGAAACUCAUUCCUGAUGAGAGUUAUGAAUUGAUGGUCAAGGAUCUGGGAUCUAGCUGGGAACACCGACUCUCUUUCACUGCAGUACCCACAUGUGUUCCUGCUGAUUAUGGAACCGAUGGUUUUUGUUAUCGUUUGGUGAAAAGCGAUGAAAACUUCGAGGCUGCAAAACUUAACUGUGCCUCUCUGAAAGAAGGAGAAACCGCUGAAUCUAUGAUCUUGUGGACGCCAGACUCACCUGAAAGCGCUCAAGCCAUUCUAGAGAAGUUAGGAUCUGAUUUUGACGUUUGGCUGGAUAAUCCAGGAAAUGAAGCAACGGAUGCAGAAUGCUCCUUGAAGGAAGGAGACAAUUUUUGUUCCUGGUACGAUGCUGAAAAGAAAGAGAUCGUGUCUUCAUACUGCUGCGACAAAUCGCUGGCUUUCGUAUGUUCAUACCAAACAAAAGCAACAUUGGGUCAAGUGACGGACCUCUUCGCAUCCUCCAUCGGUAACACCUCCUUUGAAAUUCAAUGGAGGAGCCCUCCAGCAGUCCUCUGGGACAUCAGACGCUAUCACGUAGAGUGGCGUUCCACCGAAUUGGAUGAUGCUCCCAUGGAAGCCAAAAUCGUGGAGGAAUCGACGCAGAUUCUGUUGGAAGGAUUGGAAUAUGGCACAGAGUACGAAAUCGUGGUCACUCCUCUAGGAGCAAAAUCGGCGAGAGGAGAGAGCGAGAAAUUAUUGGUCACUACGCUGGAUCCCCGUCCUCAGUUGAGUAUCGUCGUAAGUCCCGAUGGCGUGACACGAAUCUCGAGCGAUAUCCUGAUAGCGAAAGGUCGCGGAGAUCAGAACGUGGACGUGGCGAUUCUGAAAAAGGACCCCGAGAAGACACCAGUGUUCGUGGUCAGAGGAAAAGCGGAGGAGGUCAACGUCACGGGGCUCGAGCCUGGGGGAGAGUACUGGGUUGAAAUGAUGCCUGUAAGUGGAAAACCUUUCAACUAUAGAGGCAGUUUCAAGGCAUACCCAUCAUGUGAGAAAGGCCAGAUCCAAGACGGACCUGUUUGUGUGUGGGCAGCCCCGGUGUCCAAGGGACCUAGGGAAGCAGUUGAGAUAUGCAAAAGAAACAAUGGAGAGCUCCUGGACUACAGAACCCAAAAGGAACUCACACCUGUGGCCAAAGCUAUGCUGGCGACUCACGUGAAGACGCACUUUUGGAUGGAUAUUUCUGAAUCAUCCACAUCGGCGGCAUUGACCGAUGGCACUUCCGAUGAUUGCUCCAAUACGGCGAAUUCCGACAUCAUGUGUUGCACGUUUGAGGUGACUUCGACGGGCGAGUUGGACGAGUUGAAGUGUGAAUGUUGCGAUGAACCCCGGCCAUUUGCCUGCAAGACGGAAGCGAAAGUGGAUUUAGGAAACAUUGGCAAAAUCACAUUAGAAGACACCACUUCCCGAUCUGUAACUCUAGGAUGGGAACUGUUGUCGAGUGCCAACUGGCAAAAACCAUCUUUCCUGGUGACAUGGGAAGUGACCGAGGAGAGACGACGGAAGAGGGCCGUCGACAAUCAGGUUGUUGUCAAAGAGACCAAAGCCACCAUCAAUGACCUGAAACCAGACACUUCGUAUAAGGUGGCAGUAGCGCCUUAUUCGGACACUACCCAAGUCAGUGGGUCCCCCAAGGUGGUCAAUAUCACAACAGCAGAAGAUGUCAAAGCCGGGGGAAUUGUGGCAGAGAAAUGCACAAUCACUAUUCUCAAAAUCUCCUGUAGCAUCACAGUGAUCAUUGGUUCUUUUUUUACUAUAUUUGUUCUAAUAGCUACAAGGAUGUUCUACCUGGACUGCCUCGCUCAAAUCUUCGCAGAAAUCUCAAUUUUAGGAGCUUAUUUGUGCAUUCUCAUCUCCUCUGCUCAAUCUUACAGUGUGGACAACGAAUGCGUGAAGGCCAGUCCGACCCUGUGCGUGGCGGUGGCUGCCCUCAUCCAAUUCUUCUUCCAAUCCACCUUCCUUUUCAUCUACUUAGAGAGUUUCUUGAUGUGCGGGGUGCUCAAGGACUACCUGCCCCUCUGCUGCGCCCCGCGCUCUCCCCUCACGCUCAUGAUCAUUGGAUUCGGAAUACCAGCCUUGAUGAACAUAGUUCUGGCAGCUAUAGCUAGCGACGAAUAUUCUGACGGAAAUGACAAUUGCUGGCUGUACCUGCAGGGUCGAGCGAUGCUGCCUUCCGUCGUGCCGGUCAUCGUCUUCGGGGUUCUCGCUCUCUUCCUUCUGCUUUCGGUGUUCGACGCAGACGAACCCAGGGGUAGUCUCACACCCACGCAUGUGCUCAGAGGAAGAGUGUUUCUGAAGACUCGAUGGGUGUGCUUUGCCAUCCUGACCUUGGUGUCUGUGUCGUAUUCAACGGGCAUGGUAGGUGCCAAUGACCGGGACUCGACUCUCAAUUAUGUUUUUGUGGGUUUCAGUACGGCGCUGGGAAUCUUGAUGCCACUGCUCAGAAUUCGGUGCGAUGAUCAGGUGAAAGCACAGCUGAAGAGAGGGUUGUUUGCCAGUUUCCGGGACGAUCUUGGCGGAAUUCGCGUAACACCAGCACCAGAAAAUCCUCUGCUGAAAAUGGCGGAAUUCGAUAACCCCAAGUACAAGCAGCAGCAACUCGCCAAUCUCGCCUACAAGAACAAAGAGAAUCUUGUGGAUUCCGACACAGUUUGGCAUAGAUAAAAUAAGCCAAAUCGAUGCCUAAUAUUCUUGAAGACAAUAGUGACUAUUAUGUCACAUUAUUGCAACUUUUUGAAGAAAAAAAACCAUAGAUAAUUUGAUUGUAAAACAAUCAUGCCUAGUAUAUCUAACAUUUUUGUCUAAAUCGGGAUCAAUCGGUAUACUUCAUUUUGAAGUCAUAUUA